AUGCCAACUGAUUUUGAACUACUUAACAAAAUGGAGUAUAUGCCAGUUAAAGUACAUGGAGAGUUUCUGCACGAUAAGGAAAUCUUAAUUGGCCCUCGGGCCCUAAUAGAACCUUAUGUCACACUACCAAGAAGUGGCUCCCUAAUGUCAGACCCAAAAAAAAAUCAGGGAUGGCUUGUGAUAACUCCUUUUAAAUUGGCAGAAACAGGGGAUAUUAUUUUAGUAAAUAGGGGUUGGAUUCCCCAGACACUACGUUCAAAGGAUAAACGACAACAAUCAAUGGUUAAUGGUGAAAUAGAAUUAACAGGUGUAGUGAGAUUAACAGAAAAUCGUAGCCCUUUUAUGCCCAAAAAUCAUCCUGAAAAGGGGUCAUGGUUUUAUCGGGAUUUAUAUCAAAUGAGCUCCCACUUAGGAUGCGCUCCAGUCUGGCUGGACGCACGUGGAAUUCCUGAUCCUCCUGAUGGAUGGCCAAUUCCUAAUCAAACCAGGGUAGUUUUGAGAAAUGAACAUUUCUCAUACCUUGUUACUUGGUUUUCUUUAUCAGCAUUCACUGCUGUCAUGUGGCAUAGAUAUUUUAUUAGGAAGUUGCCUCUUUUA